GAAAGCGGAGCCGAGAGGGCCGCGAGCGAAGGAGCCCGGCGGCCGGAGCUGCGUCGCGGUUGCUGAGGGGGGAGAAGGCCGCCGCCGUCAUGGCGGGCGCCGCCGGGGGCUCGAGCGCCCAGGAGAAGCGGGCCACGGCGUCGCGCCUCAAAGCGGCCCUCAGCCUGAGCGCGGACGAGAGCGAGGCCGCGGCGGGCGAGCUGCGGGCGCUGCUGGAGACGGUGCUGAGCCCGCCGAGCGGCGGCGCCGGAGGAGGCGGCGGCGAGUCGGUGUCGGAGGCGCUGGCGUGGUGCCGCUGCCUGCUGGCGGGCGGCGAGCCGUGGGACAGCUUCGUGCAGGCGGUGCGGGCCUACGACCCGGCCACGCUGUGCGGCCUGGUGUGGACCGCCAACUUCGUGGCCUACCGGUGCCGGACGUGCGGCAUCUCGCCCUGCAUGAGCCUCUGCGCCGAGUGCUUCCACCAAGGCGAGCACGCCGGACACGACUACAACAUGUUCCGCAGCCAGGCCGGCGGAGCCUGCGACUGCGGCGACGGCAACGUCAUGCGGGAGGCCGGGUGAGUGCGCCGUGGGGGGGGGGCGGGCUGGCUGGGUUGGGGGUGGUGAGGGGAGACACUUGUCUAGGGCUGAGGGCGGGGGAAGGCCAAGGGAAGGCCUCCGGGCGGGUGUCUGCGAGGGGGUGGCAAUCCCCCACCCCACCCCUCCAUAAAAUACCCGAGGGGGCACCCCCAAAGUGGAUGGGCACUGCCCUUCAAAUGGUGCGUGUGCGCCACGUCAUGCGAUCGGUUAUGUGAGGUGGGUCUUUACCUGGAAAAACACACACAGGCACAAUAUUUUAUUCAAGUUGGCACCCUUGGCAUCUGGGAGAAAAGCGAGAGACCCUCCCUCCCUCCCUUCCACGGACAAUAAUGGUGAAAAUAAUAGUACCAGGGAGGACCGGUUGAGUGUGUGCAAAAACCUGACCUAAUCCAUCCUAUUAAGUAAACCGGAGCGAGCAUGUUUCUGCGCUCAUGGGCUCUGUUUUAACUCCACAGACGGACAACAACACAAUUAUUAUUGUUGUUAUUAUUAUUAUUAGCUAUAUGCCACUCAUCGGACUGGGUUGGCCCAGCCUCUCUGGACAGCUCCUGACAAAAAAUAGUAAAAACCCGACACUACGUCAAACACUAAAAACUUCCCUCAAGAGGGCUGCCUUCAGGUGUCUUUUAAAAACCACAUAGCUGUUUAUCUGUUUGACAUCUGCUGGGAGGGCGUUCCACAGGGCAUAUGUGCCGUGUAAUCCUAGGCGUGUCUGCUCAGAAGCAAAGCCGCACUGAACUAAAUGGGACUUGUGUACUCUGUAAAGUGCUGCACACAUUGAUUGAAUAAUAAUAAUAAUAAUUUUAUUUAUACCCUGCUCAUUAUCUGGGGCAGCUUAGCACAUAUAAAAACGUAAUAAUACGUCAGACAUUAAAAACUUCCCGAUACCAGUAAUAAUGGAUGCAGAAUUGCAGCCUGUUUGCGGAAUAUGUUUAUGUGGUGAAGUGGGCUUUAUGGAAACUUUGGUCCAGCAGAGGUUUUUUCACUGGGGCAAAGGUGGCCGUGCACCACCAACCUCAGUUUGGCCUUAGGCAGUCUCCACCUGCCCUCCUUCUGCCUUGCAUCCAGCCCAGGAGGUGGCACUGAUCAUUGGCUUCCUUCUCUGGAGCCUCCCCAUUAUAUAACUUGGUAGGAUUGGGGCAAAACUAGAAUUAAUUUGUUCUGUGUGUCAUUUGCUGUUGCUCCACCCACGGUUGACCUUUCUGCCUUCUGUCCUUAAUGUGCACCGACUUCCACUGCUUGUGUUGCAAUGUGAAAGGCUUUAAGAUGUCACAGCACUCUUUAUUUGUUUGCUACCUCUGCGGUUUGUCAUGUGGGUUGAAAUUCUCGCUUCAUCCAGAAAUAUGCAUUCCAAGGGGAGAAAAUAACAAUCAUCAGGCAUAUAUUAUGCAAAUCUUGACAGGUGAAUCUUGCUGGUAUGUAAUCUAUGGAUGACGGUCUUAUAAAUGCAUCCUUGAUGCGUGUUACAAGUUAAUGGUGUGCGCAUGCUUAUGUGAAAACAUUGAGAGUGAAACCAGUACUAAAGAGAAAAAAGUAGAGCAUUGUAACAGUAAACAUUUCUGUAGCACUUUCAAAUGGUCUAAAUGCGUAACAUGAUCCAGUUAUCUAACAGAGAGGUGAGUUUCAAACCAGGGAUUUGAUGGUAUGUGAAAUGAGAGAAAUGUAUGUAUUGGAGAAGACAGAUGGAUGCAUGCCUAUGGAAUGAAUACACAUGAUCACACAUUUCAUCACGCUGAUCAAGAAUGCCAGCAAACUUAUGAUCUUGUGUUUUUACAGACACAUUCCAUCCAUGUGAUUUUAUGCACAAAAGCAUGAUAAGGCAUAACUAACCCAGAAAUCAGUCUUCAGAUUUUGCAAUUCUUCUACCUUCUACUGAUUGGUUGUGUUGGUCUGUAUGUGCCUGGUGGGUUUUAUAGACCAUGUAGGCACUGAGUGAUGCUGCAAGGUUUGGUGUACAGUCUUACACCUAGGAUCCCCCCUUUGGCUGUUGUACAGUCUUCAUGUUGCACAACCCAGUGCUUCUUACUCCUGUUCUUGUGUGGCAUAAAGUAGAAAUAUUGUGUACAUUAAUGUACUUAAAAGGAGUGAAAAGAUUGUAGAAUUUGGGUCUCCAGUUGUGGGGGCAGGGGAAGAUAGACACACAGGUAAGGAUGCUGAAAUAAUUUGUGGGGAAGAGUGAUGCUUAGAACACUGUCAGCCUGUUCAAGUGUUACUCUGUCCCAGGAUACAAUUUGUGUGUGCUCCCCCUCUUUCCCCUCAUUACAGGUACAAGGUAACUAUGGAAAGGAGGUACUUCCAAGUUUGCUCCUGCAACACACCUGUUUUGGCUUGAGUGCCACUUACACAUUUUGCCAAACCUCUAGGGGCUGUGGAUGCUGCUACGGUCUCCCUGCAAUCUUGCUUGUGCAUGCAUGUAGCCCACAUAUACACAGAGCUCCCUUCCUCAGUUGAUCCAUUAUCAGCCCCUUCCCUCUAAUCUAUAUGAUCAGUCUGAUGGCCAGGAAUGAACAGUCUGCCUUCCGAGCAAGGUGAUGAGCUGGCACAGGAAGCGGGUGGCGCUGGGGUCUAAACCCCUGAGCCUCUUAGACCUGCCGAUCAGAAGGUGGGCAGUUCGAAUCUGCGCGACGGGGUGACCUCCUGUUGCUCUGUCCCAGCUUCUGCCAACCUAGCAGUUCAAAAGCACGCCAGUGCAAGUAGAUAAAUAGGUACCACUGCGGCAGGAAGGUAAACAGCGUUUCUGUGUGCUCUGGUUUCCGUUAUGGUGUCCUGUUGCGACAGAAGCGGUUUAGUCAUGCUGGCCAUAUGACCCAGAAAGCUGUCUGUGGACAAAUGCUGGCUCCCUCAGCCUGAAAAGUGAGAUGAGCACCGCAACCCCAUAGUCGCCUUGACUGGACUUAACCGUCCAGGGGUCCUUUACCCUUUACCUUUUUUUACUUUGCUGAGCUGGCCAGAGACAUAGUGCUGUGUAUCUCCUUAAAGUUUUGUCUUAUUGGCACCACAUCCAGAAUGGGUGGAAUCUUAUGGGGUGAGGUGGGGGGGACAGAAAAAUUUGUGGGGGGCAUGAUUUGGCCUCUAGGCCAGGAGUCAACCACCCCAUCCUACGUUAUUUAAUUGUACAGUGGUACCCCGAGUUACAAACGCCUCAGGUUACAAACGCUUCAGGUGACAAACUCCGCUAACCUGGAAGAGUUACCUCGAGUUGAUAACUUUGCCCCAGGAUGAGAACGGAAAUCGUGUGCCGGCGGCGCAGCGGCAGCAAGAGGCCCCAUUAGCGAAAGCACAUCUCUAGUUAAGAACAGUUUCAGGUUAAGAAUGGACCUCCGGAAUGAAUUAAGUUCGUAACUAAAGGUACCACUAUGGGGAUUCCCUGCAGUGUGGUGGUUCCUGGUAGAAGUCAAAGGGUAUAAUGUGCUAAGCGACUUCUUGUUGUUUUUUGAAGCAUUCGAGGGUGGGAGUAGCUGCUGUUGCUGCAGUAAUGGACAGAUGUAAAGCUGUGAGGGUGUAAUUUCAGCAGCACAGUAGUGUUUUAUUGGCAGGGCGAGACGAUGAAGUGCUGCCAAAUUAUGGAAGAGUCACUAGCUGUCAUAUUGAACACAUGUGAUAGCUGGAGUCAUCCUAUCCCCGACUCUCAUUUUAGUAAGGACUGAAGUGUGAACUCUGAAGGUAUGCCAGUAUGUAAACAAUUCCCAAGUGUCGUCUGAUCACCAUGAUAGACACUGUCCAUUGUUGGCAGUGCCAGCUGUGGAACUUGGCUGUUUUUAUUUUUGUGUGCUAAUGCUGUGUCAUCACAGCAGGCAAGCCUAUAAUUAAAAUGUAGCUGUACCUUAUAAAUUCAAUGGGGGAAAAUAACAUAAUGCAGUUGUCAUAGUUUCUAAAAAGAUUGCUUCUUGAUCUGUUUGACUGCUAAAUUGCCAUGAGAAUCUGCCGUGUGUUGCUGGAUUCUUCUUGUUGAAGUUUGCAUCGUUGAUCAUCGAUGCAAUGUGAAUGUGGGGACAAUGAAGUGGGAAUGCGGGAUCUGAUUGGGGUUAUUUUAAUUUAGUGAUAGUGUGUAGUGGCUGUCUGCACUUAGGUUUUCAGAUGUGCCAAAUACUCUUUUGGAUGACAAGUAACAGUGUGUUUUGACAAAUCCAAUAUAUCACAUUUGAAGGAGAUGUAGCAAAAGCCAAUAAAGAUGUUCCCUGGAUUAUAUACUUGAAGUUGAUGUGCAAAUGAACUCAGUUAGGCCUAGUUCCCAGAAAUAACAAAUGGAAUUGUAAGGUUGUUACAUGUGGCCAUAGGGAACCUAAAUUCAGGUGGUCAUUCGAUGGCUAGCUCCUUGAAUUGGACCACUUGUUCAAAUACUUUGGACUUCAUGUCAAUGAGAAUCUCUCAUGGAAGCUACAUCUGGGUGCCAUUAAAUUAUCAAGAGCCCAGGUCCACUGGCCAGCUCAGCAGAUUUUUCUGUACAAAAGAAAACCAAUGAAUUAAUGCUGUUCUCAAGAUCUUUAUGGCUAAAAUUAUAGCACAAAUGUAGAAAUCUGGGAAGUUGGAGCAAAGUACAAGUUCUGCAAAAUAAAUUUGCACUAGCAGCCAAGAAGCUGCAUUCUAGCCAUAUCAAGAAUUAUAGUGUAUUGUAAAGUUUUAUCCCAGGGGUAGGCAACCUAAAGCCCGUGGGUCCGAUCACCUUCUCAAUCCGGCCCAUGGACGGUCUGGGAAUCAGUGUGUUUUUACAAGAGUAGAAUGUGUGCUUUUAUUUAAAAUGCAUCUCUGGGUUAUUUGUGGGGCCUGCCUGGUGUUUUUACAUGAGUAGAAUGUGUGCUUUUAUUUAAAAUGCAUCUCUGGGUUAUUUGUGGGGCAUAGGAAUUCGUUCAUUUCCCCCCCCCCCAACAAAAUAUAGUCCGGCCCACCACAUGGUCUGAGGGAUGGUGGACCGGCCCAUGGCUGAAAAAGGUUGCUGACCCCUGUUUUAUCCAAUGUUUUGUUACCCCUGGGGUAACAAGAAAACUGGCAUGUCAGAAAGAAGUUUAGUUUCUAUGUUGAGGGAAACUUUUAAAUUGAGAAUUCAAACAUGCGAACCCCACUUUCCAUAAAAAGGCUUACCACCUCCUCUGAUACUUGUAAUAACUAGUAUUUAAUUCCCAACAGUCUUGCAUUAAUUAAUGUAUCUUGUGAAAACAGUGAAUGUGUUUAUAACAUAAGAGUAUGCUAAUUGCUGUAGUAACCAAUAUCCAGUGAGACUUUGUGGUCGCUUUUAUGUCUUGGCAAAUCUGCUGAUUCUUCCCACUGAAUUGAUAGACAUCACUAUUUAAGCUAAGGAACUAUCAAGUAUAAAAGAUAAAACCCCAGUCCCUUUUGGGUAACUGAAAAGGUUGGAGGAAAGUGAGCUACUAUAUUUUGUGUGUUGCUUCUUAGUUUACAGCUGAGAUCUUUUGGACUGUUUCAAGUUCUGGAAUAGGAAUUUGCCUCUAUAAUUCUAGAUUUUUCUCUUUCUCAUUGUUCUCAUUCAUUCUUCACCUCUCCUUAAUAUUGUCUACCCUUCCCAUGGUCUGUGUGAAUAUCCAGCAGACCAAUCAAGACUGUAUUAGUCAAGAUCAUCCUUUAUCUGUUUUGUGUUUUAAGUUUUUCAUCAGAGCAAGCAGUUGCCCUCUCUUUCAGGUCAACAUUAACAGCUAUGUGAAAGAUCAGGUUUCCUGGUACUUUUGCCACAGCAAAAAUUUCUACCAUGCAAAUAAAUAAAGUUCAAGUCAUAUCCUGCCUGGCACUACUUUUUUUUUUUUCUGAAAUCCCUGGUUGAUUGUGUCCAGUGUAACGUCUCCUAAAACAACCUCCUUGGCUGCUGAGCCAAUGAAUGGUGGUCAGUAAAGCUAUGAUUCACAGUGCUGUGUACCCAUACACAAUCUCUUGUCAAACUAAACUUUCUAAUAUUUGCUUUGCCUAAAUACAUUUUGGCUUUGAAAUCAAGAUGGAUUUAAUUAUUCAUCUACCUCUUCCCCCUGACACUAUAGAGAUUUUGGGGCUAUAAAUUAGAGCAUAGAAGCUCAGAAUCAGGUAGUUUAUAUUUGCAAUGUGGCUUUUGUCCAAUACCACCCCACCCCCGAAAACCCCAAUCUAGUCAAAUGCUAAGAGAUGCUUUUUGGUAAAUCCAGGCAAUUAUGAAACAGUUUUUUAAAUCACUGAGUGGUUUUCUGUUUUAAAAUUUAUCCAGUUGUACUUUAAAACAACAACAACCCCAGGCUUAUGAUUUAUUAGUGAAACAUUUUAUUGACAUUAUAAUUUUACCCCUACACUUUUCUGUGACAUUUUUUGUGCACUAAUUUUGUACUUGAGUCUUGAAUAUGCACUUCUGAAAUAGCUGUUAUGUUUUUAUAUAGUUGUAAAACAAAUAAAAGAACUUCGUUUGUAUUUAUGUAGAGGAUGCUCUUUAACUAAAGAUCAUUCCAAGAUCAUUAAUAUCUAAGGAAACUACUUUAGCUAUGACAAGUAAAGUGAGAUUUUGAAUAAAUUAUAGAAGGGAAAGUCAUAUGAGAAAUAAAAAAAAAAUCCACUGAGGAUUUUGCUUUGACAGCAAGCCUUCAGGAACGUGUACUUGGCAGGGCAACAAAAUAGAAGCCAAAGGUUAUUUCAGUGGUUUAUUCAAGUAAGUGGUGUUGGGCAUACUUUGAGUGAAAUUCUUCAUGCAUAGCUGAGAAUGUGUUCUGUACCAGACCUUUAAGGGAAACAUUCUUCAGUUAUGUCUUAGGAGGAAUUAUAUAGAUUCUGUUCUCCAAAAAACUUUUUUGUAAUUCGUGGAGUCUCUGUUUCCUCAAACAUUUAAUGUAUCUGCAGCUUUUCUUUUAUUGGUAUUUUUUGCUGCUGCAAGGAUAGUCCAGUGUUUUUGUGUGUGGUCAAGGCAAAUCACAUCUUACAUAAGCUCUAAAUUAUCUGCAAAUAGUUUGAUUUCUCUCUGUGUUGGAUUUGUGUUUUGUCUUUUGUGUUGAAAGAGCUUCGGUUGACUUCCAGACCUGUAUUUUCGCAUUUGAUAUAAGCAUUAUGUAAUAGACACUAUAAUCCUUCUUUCUCUUUCAUUUCUCCUGAAAUUGUAACUUUGCUUCUGUUGUAGCGUUUAAAGUUGGGUGAGAAACUGUGCUUUCUGAAUGUGUGCAAACGAAAGCAUUCCAACUAGUACUGCAAGAUCCAGUAGUUGUUUGUCUGGUAGUACAGAUGGUUGUAUGGCAAGUCCUAUAUCAGUGAGCUGUGAGAAAUGCUAUGAUUAGAGUUUUUCUUUGCACUUUCUUCCCAGUUUCUCUACAGUUUAUGGCAGGAAUGGGGAAUCUGUAGCCGACCAUAUGUAGUUGUGGGAGUUGGGAGUCCAGUAAUAUCUGGAACAGGCAUAGGCAAACUCAGCCCUCCAGAUGUUUUGAGACUACAGUUCCCAUCAUCUCUGACCACUGAUCCUGUUAGCUAGGGAUGAUGGGAGUUGUAGUCCCAAAACAUCUGGAGGGUCGAGUUUGCCUAUGCCUAAUCUGGAAGGUCACAGGUUUCCCAUCACUUGGAUAGUUUUGCAUUACUUGGUGGGUAUAAAGAGUUCUCGUUUCUUCAGCUCAAUAGAGCUGGUAAAGAUUCAGAAAAGGACAACCAAAAUGACCAGGGAGAUAGAGCAACUUCCCUUUCCUGUGAGGAAAGGUGACAACAGUUGGCGUUUUUAAGUUUAGAGAAAAGGUGAGUAAAACUAUGCUUGGUGUGAAGAAAGUGAAUAGAGAAAGGUCUUUCACUUCUUACAGUGCAGAACUUGGGGAAAUCCAACGAAUCUGGAUGUUGGAAGAGUCAGGGCAGACAAAAGAAAGUACCUUUUCACUCAGUUAAACUGUACAAUUUGCUCCCACAAGGUAGUCACCAACAUGGAUGGCUUUAAAAUAAUAUUGGACAGUUUCAUGGAGGACAUGGUAAUCAGUGGCAACUACCAUAUUUUUUGCUCUAUAAGACUCACCUUUCCCCCCCUAAAAAUUAAGGGGAAAUGUUUGUGCGUCUUAUGGAGCGAAUGCAGGCUGCGCAGCUAUCCCAGAAGCCAGAACAGCAAGAGGGAUUGCUGCUUUCACUACGCAGUGAUUCCUCUUGCUGUUCUGGCUUCUGAGAUUCAGAAUAAUUUUUUUUCUUGUUUUCCUCCUCCAAAAACUAGGUGCGUCUUGUGGUCUGGUGCGUCUUAUAGAGCGAAAAAUACGGUACUAACAAUGGCUGUGCUUUUGAAUAUCAGUUAUUGGAACUUGCAAGGAAAGAAAGUGAUGUUGCACUCAUGUCCUGCCUUUUGGUUUUCUGUAAGAAUCUGGUUAGCCACUGUGACAUCAGGAUGCUGGACCCAUUAUGCUCUUUUUAUAUUAUUAUCAGUGCUAUUUUUCUAGAAAAAGGGGUGCUGGAAAACCUCCCUUAUUCUCUUAGAAUGGCAAUGGUGCCCACCUGAGAGGUGCCUGAACUAGUUCCCCUUGAAAAAAGCCCUACUUAGGUUAUGUUUACAUACGCAGCCAUAGCAUGGGGGGUUUCAAAAUUAGCAACUAUCAGUUCUUUGUUAUUAAUUAGGUGGCUGAGUAUAACUUUGUAUAACUUUCUUUGUAGGUUUUGCAAAAGGCAUCGGAUAAAAUCAAGCUCAGAAGUUCCGUCUGUUCCAAAAGAUCUGUUGAUAAUGUCAGAACUAGUUCUUCCACAAUUCAUCUUCUGUCUUAUUCAGUACUUACGGGAAGGCUAUGAUGAACCAGGUAUGGAUGCUAUUAAUAUUUUUGGAAAAGUUCACAAGGCAGAUUCUCAGUGUUGUUAGUUUCAUUUUUGUGACGGUCUGUUUUGUUCUGAAGGUAAGGAUGAUUUCAAACUGUUGGUGAAUUGCAAGUGGGCUUUUAAUAAAAUGUGAUUGUCAGGAUUGUGAAGUUGAAUAUGAUCAGUGAAGCUGAGGUUAGUCUGCUCCCUGCCACCCACGUAAGCAACUCCUUAUAUUUUGCAAAAUGGGAGAAAAGCUGAAAUCCUAGAGAAAGUUGAUGCAGAGUGUCCUGGGUUACACAGAAGAGAGUGGAGUGGGAGAGAAUUAUACUUUGAGUGGAGUAAGCCAUGGUGUGAACGCUGGGAUAGAGGUUAAGAUAACUUAGAGCCAUAAUGAUAGAGUGUAAGGGAAGAAUUUAGAUACCUGAUAAUGUUAGAAUUGAGGGAAUGAAAGGCAUCACUCUGUGGAAAGGAAACAAGAACUUCCAACAUCCUGUCUUGGAUAUAAAAGGAAAAGAAAAGCCAGUUGCUUGGUGAAAAAAAGUUUAUUACUGUUUUUUCUUCCUUUAUUGAUCAUAGAGAUGUGAGCAGCUUACGUCUCUUACAAAUAUUGUAAUCAGCAAGGGGUGUAUAAUCUAAAAUUUUAAUUGUUGGGAUGGGGUCAUGUCGUAACAAGUAAGGAGCCACAAAGUUGCUAGAACGGUUUGCUCAAUCUGCUACAAACUUCUUGCUUGUUUGUUUUACAGUUCUUGAUGUUCCAUCAGAAAAAGACCUUCACAAAGUCCUUCAGAUAUUGGAAUCCCACAUUUCAUUUCUGGAAGAUCUGACAAAAAUGGGAGGAGCGAUGCGUUCAGUCCUUACUCAGGUUUUGACAAAUCAGCAGUUCUAUAAAGAUCUUAGCUCUGGUGAGUUGGUGUGUUAUUACGUCUUGAGGAGUUUUUUUGUAUUAACCAUCCAUUCUGUACUUUAAAAAGUCACAAAAUAGUGUGGGCAUGGGAGAAGGGAGUGGCAUUUAUUAUUGCCGGUGAUGUCACAGUCUGUGACACACAACUACAAUUCCACACUGGUCUUGUGGUAGUUGCAGGUGUGCUGCCAACAGAGGAGUCAAAUUUUCCUUAUGACAAAGCACAUUGAAAACCCUACUUGAAGGAAUAAGAAGAAGAAGAAGAAGAAGAAGAAGUUAUUAUUUGUUCCCCAGCCACUCUGGGCGGCUUCCGACAAAAAUUAAAAAUACAUUAAAAUGGCACACAUAAAAAACUUCCCUGAACAGGGCUGUCUUCAGAUGUCUUCUAAAUGUCAGGUAGUUGCUUAUAUCUUUGACAUCUGGUGGGAGGGCGUUCCACAGGGCUGGCGUCACUACCGAGAAAGCCCUCUGCCUGUUUCCCUGUAGCUUUGCUUCUCGCAGUGAGGGAACAGGCAGAAGGCCCUUGGAGCUGGACCUCAGUGUCCGGGCAGAACAAUGGGGGUGGAGACGCUCCUUCAGGUAUACUGGACCAAGGCAGUUCAGGGCUUUAAAGGUCAACACCAACACUUUGAAUUGUGCUCGGAAACGUACUGGGAGCCAAAGUAUGUGAAUCCCAUGCAUCAAAUGUGUUAUAGGACAUUUAUUGUGUUGCAAAGCCCAAAAUGUAUUUAAUUCUGUGGGCUAAAUUUAUUUAUUUUUAAUCUCUAGUCAAACUUUCUAACCCAUUUCAUGCUACAAGGCACAUGUGAGCAACUCAAGGGCUUUGUGUUUCUCCUCGGUUGCUCAUAGUGCAGUCUUCUAAGCCCCAGGAAGCCCAGUUCACUUUCUGCAUCUGAUCAGCUGUCAGUUGGGCGGUGGUGGAAGGGUUGCUGUAACAGUGCUGCUAAGCGGGGGGGGGGGGCAGCAGUUUUAGCUGCCUUGGGAUGGCUGUGGAGUGCAGGCUUUAAUCUGCCUGCCCAGAGCACUCAGUGCAGCUGAAAUUGCAAACCCUGCACUGCCGACAGCAGUGUGAGGGCAGAAUUUUUAGCUGCAUCAGGAUUACUGGGGGUGGCAUGCAGACUUUAAUGGUCAAAGUUGCAUCAGAGUUCCUGAUGCAGCUGCAAAGGGGAAGAUUAAACUGUUGUUGUGAGGUGGGGAGAAUAUGUGUGCAAGGUGGAGGAAUGCCAGGCCCUGCCCUGCCCUGCCCACUGGCAUGCAGCCCCUGACCAGCUGCACACCACCACAUCUGCAGACAGGUGGCUACCCCUGCAAUAAGGCUUAGUAAGGCUGGUCCCUAGAGUGAACGCAAACCUUUUGAAAUACAUUCCAGGUGGUGCAGAAAAUGCAUGUGCCAAGAAAAGCCACGAGAAGUAUCUUGUAGCUCUGAAAGGUUCUGGACUCACAUUUCCUGAAGACAAGGCUGCAUGUGGAGGGCAGGAGCAAGCAGCUGGAGGAGCAAGCUCUUCAGUAGUUCAAGGUCUCUCUGUUUAUUUAUUUCUUUAUUUUUUAAAAAUAUAUUUGUUAUUUGAAGAAUCUUCUUAGACUUACAGCAUUGCCACAGGUCUGCUUCUGAAAUAAUUGACAGAAUGCAGUCGAAACUACACAGUAGCAGAUACAGAGAGGAAAACAGAACCCCUUUUCAAUUGCUACAAUGGGGGAGUAUCUCAAUUCUUACAGACGUAAACUGCAAAUGGAAGCUUUGGGUCCCUUUGAUCCUAUCCAUUAGAAAAUGUGUAAGUUUGAAUGAGUGCUUAGUAACUGUGUGGCACAAGGUCACAUUUCAUUAUCAGCAGCAGCACUACCCCAGCAACAUGCAUUUCUGCACUGUUCCAGGCAUUGUCCCAAACCACACGUAGCACUUCCUGAAGUAUUUACCAUUUUCCUCCUAGUAUUUUAAUUCCAAUAUUGCUAGACCUAAUGCAGCCCAUGCUCGAAAGAUAAAUCCAAAUAUACAUGGAGAGAUAGAUGGGGGGUAUUUAUGAAAUUAUCUGAUUAUUCUUUUGUCUAGCUGUGUGUGAAUUAGAAAAGAUAAUUUAAUGUUUAAUUUCUCAAGGUUUUGCAGGUGCUACGCCAGCUUCAGGGCAAGGUGACUCUUCAGAUGAGGUGAGAUUUCUUCAGAAAUAAAAUAAAGCACAAUAAUAUGUGAAAUAAGUUGAAAUACCCUAAUUUUUAUCAUGCUUGCCUUUGCUAACACGUACUGUAGACUGGUGGUGUCAGCCCUAUAAGCCAUUAAGCAGAAAACACAGCUCUUUGUAUUUAUGUAGGGCCAGUCCCUCUCUGCUUUCUCCCCUGGGAGGGUUGUUGUUAAUACUGCUUUCGUUGAACUAAUUUUAGCAACACUGGGGAUCGGAGUGUAUAUAGCAACUUCUGGAAAUAACGCUAACUCAUUACUAUGUCAGAUUCACAUGCUGGGGCAGGUUUUAACCAGUGUUAAUGCAGCGAAGGUUGUGUUUCAACUGCAUCUUUCUAGUGCUCUCGUAUUGACAACAACGGCUUGUUCUUAACCAGGUUCCUUUUCUUAGAACUUGUAGGAUAGGUAUACUUAUUUCUAACAGGGCACUCCUAAGUAUGUUUAUUCAGAAGUCCUGCUGAGGUUGGUGGGGUUUAUUUCCUAGAAAGCAUGCUUAGGAUUUAGCUGGAAGUAAGUCCUAUUGGAACACUGAGUAGGCGCGCAUGGUAUUGUUCUGCACGUUAACUAUGCUAGGUGAAUAACUAACAACAUAUGUGUGUUUAUAUAUACACAUUUUUAACACAGAAAUAAUUAAAGUACCUAUGAGUUGCAGAUGUUUCCCGAGAGCUCUUGUAAACCUGACGUAGGACUCUGUAAAGUUGCUAGAUUAGAUGCUGAAUAAGCAUCUUCCUGAGAUCCCUUUACCUUGUAAAGAAGAGGAGUAAAGUGAGAAAAGUGGGAAAUUGGGGAAAGGGCCUGCUGUUUCAGUAGUUCCGUCUCUGGUUCUAAUCUAGAACUGGGUUCUUGGCGACUGGACAGGAAAGAUUUUGUUGAAGCUCUUCCCACAUCUGCAUACAACCAGGAGUCAUAUGCUGCAACUGUGUGCAUCCUCCAGUUUUUCGUACACUUAGAUGCUGAAGUCCUAUUUUUCUAGCAUGUAAAUGACGGGAAUCUCCCAUGGCAAAUAAUAGUCCAUCUUCAAAAUAAAAGGUUCUUAACAGUAGCCUGACUUAACAGGAUACAGUGGUACCUCUGGAUACGAACGGGAUCCGUUCUGGAGCCCUGUUUGCAUCCUGAAGUAAACACAACCCGUGUCUGUGCGGGUCGCGAUUCGCCGCUUCCGUGCAUGCACGUGGUGUCAUUUUUACCGCAUGCGCGAGCAGCGAAACCCGGAGGUAACGCGUUCCGUUACUUCCGGGUCGCCGUGGAGCGCAACCCGAAAGUGCUCAAUCUGAAGCAACUUCAACCCGAGGUAUGACUGUAUAACCAGUGAACCUUUCAUUGAUACUGAUAUCAGUGCUAGGAAAAGCUUUAUGAACUCAAUUUCUGCAUAACAGGCUGCAGUAAAAGUUGCCAGAAUAAAAUGCAAAAAAAGAAAAGAAAAGUAUCUUUGUUUGAAAACCUUAGUUCAAAACUUUUUGCAGUAUUUUCGAUUUUUUUUCAGCUUCAGGAACAAAAUGAACAUAUUGAUGGCUGCUUCAGAGUCAUUUUCAGAUGUAAUUGCAAAAUGAACAUGUUGCAUGUUUAUAACAUUUGCAAAUGAUUUCUGGUUAAUGCUGAACUGUAAUUAAACAGAUUUGGAGGAGGGAAAUAAUUGGUUUAUAUCCAGAACAAUUUAUUAGAAGUUUGUUGUUGUUUGUGCAGCAGAGUCUGCUAUUGCUUUUAGCAGUGCUAUUUAUAAGCUAAUGUGUUUCAAAGUGCUGCCGUACUUUCACAGUUUUUAAAAACAAAGCUAUUUUUUAAAAAUGGCAGUGUAACCGAAGGUGAACUUAAAUCCCUGAAUUAAUGAGGCCCAGCUAAAAAUGAUACUUGCGACACUUCAUAUUUGCUCAGUUUAUUGUGAAGGAAGGAAUAUGUAAGGUUAGGAUUUAGACAGGAAUCUGGUACAAUGAUCUUAACAGGGGGAAGUGGGAAUAGGAGGGUAGCACACCCUGACUUACUGCUUGUGGUGUUGGGAAGGAAAGAUGCGGGAUCAUUUCAAUAAAAGAUGCAAAUAUGGGAAUUUUCAAAUAAAGAAACUUAAAUAAUUAAAUGGUAUAGGAAACAAAUCUAAGUGCUUUAUACAGUCAUACCUUGGGUUACAGACUCUUCAGGUUGCACUUUUCGGGUUGCACACCGCGCCAAACCCGGAAGUACUGGAACGGGUUACUUCCUGGUUUUGGCGCAUGCGCAGAAGCGCUAAAUCGCGCUUUGCGCAUGCGCAGACACGGCACUGCAGGUUGAGAACGCUGUAGGUUGUGAACGUGCCUCCUGCAUGGAUCACGUUCACAACCCGAGUGUCCACUGUAUUUGCUGGUGGCUGCAUUAUUUAAUUUUGCCUUUCUAGCAUUUAAGUGGAUUUAAGAUCACUAAAUAGUUUAUUAACCUGUGUGUGUGCAUAUCCAAUAAUGUCUACUAGCAAAAAGUGCUUGUGCAAGGCAAGAGUACCCAAUUUUUGUUAAUCACAGCUUAUUAACCCAUUUCUCUGUGCCCGUGUUGAACCAAGCAGUGGUUUGUACCAGCAAAAAGCACUCUUGCUUGUGUAAGACAGAGCACCUAAUUUCCAGUUAACACCCCCCCCCCCCGUUCACUAUAGUAUUCUGCUACACAGAGCUGCUCCUGGAGCUUAGGAGACCCUCCCGUUAUGAGAUACGGCAGAGGGCUGUAGUGGAUAGCGAGGAUUAGCAAAAGUUAUGUACCCUUCCUUACAUUAUCAGAAAUGGUUUCCAUUAGUGCAGAACCACAACUAGAUACAAUCCUGUGUGUAUAUCUCUCUCUGAAGUAGAUGUAAAAUGCAUAUUAUGGGCAAGCUAAUUAAACCAAAGAGCACUUGCCUAUGAGAGAGCAAAGUCAAGGUCUCAAAUAACACACUUGUAAUCUUAUCCAGAAAACUGUGAGUUAGCACUGACAUGUCUCGUUCAAGGCUUCUACAUGUAAAUAAUCUAAAACAAGGACAUCUGGUGAGAUACUAGUAAAUUCUUCAGUUGCAUGUGUUUUAUCAGAGUCUCCGUUUUCAACUCUGCAAAUACUAAGCGGAUCUAGUUGCAUCUAUCUGCAAGCGAGUAAAUGUACUCUGUUGCUUCUGCUUUCCUUAAAACAUUGAUGUAUUUCAACUGUUUUUGCCUCCGUAUACUUCUGUGUUGCCACAUAUUGGUGAGCAGGUACUGCAUAUGAAGACAGACUUCCCACGAGGGGCCCAAAAAAUCUAUGUGAGAGGUCUUUCUUUCCCAUUCCUCCCAUUUGCACAGUUCACAAUUCUUGCAGUCUUAAGUGACUACAGUAUUCUGAGUUGGCUCUGGGGACAUAAAAGCUGUCCCCCCCCCCAAUCCCUGUACGAGGAGGAGCUAGUGAUAAUAGUCAAGACUGUGAGAACAAACAAGGGAUGCAUAGUUACCGUAUUUUUCGCUCUAUUAGACGCACCGGACGAUUGGACUCACCUAGUUUUUAGGGGAGGAAAACAAGAAAUAAGAAAGGAACGCAAAGCAUCCUGAGCUAAGAGGGAGCGCAAAAGAUCCCUCUUGCCCUCCUGGCUUUCUGCGAAAACAAGCCUACUGGCUUUCCUCCCGCAAGAGCCAUGCGCUCUUUAAAGGGAGCGCGGCUCUUGGGGGCUUUUCUGGGCAGCCCUUCUCCCUCCUCUGGAAAAGCCGCACACACACUCCACGUGGCUCUUUAAAGGGAGCGCUGACAGAGCCUCCCGCCUGCAUUCGUUGCAUAAGACGCACACACAUUUUCCCUUACUUUUUAGGACGGGAAAAGUGCGUCUUAUAGAGCGAAAAAUACGGUAUAUAUGGUUGCCAUCUAGGGAGGAUAGAUUACUAGGAAAGACUUACCACUCAGAUGCCACCCAAAUAGCUUUCUGUUAUCCAAGCUUUCAACAUACUGGUGCCAAGUAUGUUCAUUUUAUUCAUUGUGCUGCUGAAUAAAAUUAAUUAUUAGAAAAUACUAAUAGUAUUUAAGCAUUCAAAUGUUUUAUGAUUGCUUUCUACUUAGGCUGUGCACACGUUUCUAAGUGUGCAUGUUUCUAAGCAAGUGCCGUUGAAACUAACAGUAUUUGCAUCCAAGUAAAUAUAUUUAGGAUUGGGGCGACUGACAUGUAAUACCUUUAACUCCAGAACUUGAAUAAAACCAUUAAAUCAAUUGGAAGAUGUGCCAUUCUUUGUUUUGGUUCUAAAGCCACAAGUUGAAGUCAAUUCAUAGAGAAUCAAAUAACAACAAUAACAAAUCCCCAUAGUUCAGAUUAUGCAUUUGUAAACAUAAUUAGAAGCAGCAGAAGGAAUGUUUAAGGAAGAUUAUGAAGACCAAUCCAAUGAAGAAUAUGUUAUUAAGAGUUUGAGUUCCUACAGUAUUAUUGGAAUGAGUUGCUGCAAUAAUUAAACCGUUCCUUUGUUUCAUUCUUUUUUCUUUGAAAAGCAUAUUCAUAGCAUAUAUAGUCUUUGACAUUAAGACAUUUUAUAUUGAUCCACUUUCAAACUCUUCCCAUAUCUCAGGAGGACCAAGAUGGUGGCCAAGACGUGGGAAAACGCAAGAGGGUAAAACUAAGCAGCAGCACCAAAGGUACAUGGCAUAUAGUUUGUCAACUACUUUUGUGUUUUUGUAUCUUGAGGUCACCAAGCCUGAUCAGUUUUUGAUCAGUCUUGGCUGAAGAAUGCAGUAUGAGAAAAGACUGAGAAAUAUGCCGGCAUGACAUACUUUCACCAGAAUUCACUGCUGCCACCAGUGUCUUGUAUUGGUUGCAUAUGUUUCCUGUAAGCGGCCAGUAAGUUUGCAAAAUGCCCCUUGAUCGAACGAUGAAGAGAGUUCUUAGAGUUGUAUCAUACGGGGCUUUUGUUUCUUCUCCACACACCCCCACCGCCACAUCCCCCCAUAAUCUUCUUUGGUAGGUCCCCCAACUCUCUGGAGCUGAUUUUGAGGGUUCCUUGGGGGUUGGAGAGGACAAGAGCAGAAGAGGAAAUUCUGGUGUAUGCAUGGAAACCUGAUGUAGCAGCAGAGCUGCAGUGUUUGAUACAACCCUUAAAAUGUAAUUUUGUGUGUGUGCGUGUGUGUGUGUGUGUGUGUGUGUGUGUGUGUGUUUUACACAAUAUUUUCUUUGGGACAAGGAAUUCCAUGGCUCAGCUUUCUACGAGCUAAGUACAGUGGUACCUCUGGUUACGUACUUAAUUCAUUCCGGAGGUCUGUUCUUAACCUGAAACUAUUCUUAACCUGAAGCACCACUUUAGCUAAUGGGGCCUCCCGCUGCCACUGCGCCGCCACUGCAUGAUUUCUGUUCUUAUCCUGAAGCAAAGUUCUUAACCCGAGGUACUAUUUCUGGGUUAGUGGAGUCUGUAACCUGAAGCGUAUGUAACCCGAGAUACCACUGUACAGGCAUUUGAUCUGGAGGUAUUUGUGACUCACCACCUCUGUUUUAGGCAGAGGUUGCUGAACCAGAGGGUCUACAUGGAAAAGUCUUUUUCUAUUAUAUUUUUCCUUAUCCAUUCCCCGUAACUUUUUCACCUUGUAAUUUCUUCUCAUGAUUCUCCUUUCAUACUCAACUUGUACCUUAUUUCUGUACCUUAUUUCAACCCCCCCCCAAUCAUUUUCGUUCAUCCCUCCUCUCUGCUCCUUUCCCCCUCACUUCUUCCUCCUUUAGCAGCUUUACUCUCUAGCGCCUUCCUUUCUAUUCUCAGGUUAUUUUAUCACUAAUAAUUAUAAUUAUAAUAUCUCACUUUCUAAUUCUCUUCAGCAACACCCCUGGAGGCCUCCCUUCCCUUCCUCCACUCUCCUGGCCACUUUCACUUUCACUCAGCAAGCGUAGAGCUCCAGGCAUUGGUCCAACUAGAAAGCUUUGGCAUGGGCUAGGGGUCAGGACAGUGGGACGUGGGUGGCGCUGUGGGUAAAACCUCAGCGCCUAGGACUUGCCGAUCGCAUGGUCGGCGGUUCGAAUCCCCGCGGCGGGGUGCGCUCCCGUCGUUCGGUCCCAGCGCCUGCCAACCUAGCAGUUCAAAAGCACCCCCGGGUGCAAGUAGAUAAAUAGCGGGAAGGUAAACGGCGUUCCGUGUGCUGCGCUGGCUCACCAGAUGCAGCUUGUCACGCUGGCCACGUGACCCGGAAGUGUCUGCGGACAGCGCUGGCUCCCGGCCUAUAGAGUGAGAUGAGCGCACAACCCUAGAGUCUGGCAAGACUGGCCCGUACGGGCAGGGGUACCUUUACCUUACCUAGGGGGCAGGACAAGGGACGCGGGUGGCACUGUGGGUUAAACCACAGAGCCUAGGACUUGCCGAUCAGAAGGUUGGCGGUUCAAAUCCCCGUGACGGGGUGAGCUCCCGUUGCUUGGUCCCUGCUCCUGCCAACCUAGCAGCUCGAAAGCACGUCAAAGUGCAAGUAGAUAAAUAGGUACCGCUCCGGCGGGAAGGUAAACGGUGUUUCCGUGCACUUCUCUGGUUCGCCAGAAGCAGCUUAGUCAUGCUGGCCACAUGACCCGGAAGCUGUAUGCCAGCUCCCUCGGCCAAUAAAGCGAGAUGAGUGCCGCAACCCCAGAGUCGGUCACGGCUGGACCUAAUGGUCAGGGGUCCCCUUUACUCUUUACCUUUGGGGGCAGGACAGGCAAGCGACUAGGCAUUGGGCACACUGAGGCCCCUCUGAAAUUGCCCCGGGGUGCAUUGACGGGUCCCUGCUGUUUGAGAAACCUCGGUGCAAAUUGUUAUGAGCGGCUGACCCCUUCAGAAUUGCACUGAAUGAUGUGACCAGACAUGAAAGAUGACUGUCCAAAAAAAAAGAAAGAAAAGAUUGUAACCUAGCUGCCAGAUAGCAUGCAAUUAGUAUAAUUUGCACAUCGUUUUCAUGGAUAUGGUUCGUGUCAAACUGCAGUUGAUGGAUGUGUUGUGCCGGUUCUCAGUAUUAUUAUGCUCACUUUGUUAUCCUUAAAGACAACCCUCCACAAGCCAUUCAGCCAUCAGUAGUUAGGAAAAACAAUUAAUUUAGAUAUGUCUUGGUUUUCUCUCUAUUACUUUACAGUACUCAGAAAUGCACCUUUUUACAGUACUUUUUAAAAACAGUAGGCUAUUUUGUGUGAAAAGGGUAUAUAGUGUGUGUUUUGAUUUUUAAUGCUUGCUGGAUCUACUUUAGGACAAGAUUGUGGGUUUGGAGGGCCUUGACUUCGGUAGAAUAAUAGGAACAGAAUAAAGCUGAAAUUCUAACCAGUGCCCAUAUGUACCAGAUAAGUGGCCCCAGCACAGUGGGCAACCUGUAGGUUGCAGAUCAUUGCUUGUAUCCUCCUGUAUCUGUAACCUUUAAUUAUUCACUAUGAAUGAUCAGCAAGCUAUUGUGUACACUUUUCUUCCUGUCCUCCAUUUUCUGCAACUAUGGUACCUAAUUCUUAAGCAGCCUUUUAAGCUUUGAGCAGAUGAGAUGAAAAACACCGGCCUGUUUAUAUGAUGGGGUUUGUAGUUGCUGUGUGUGAUUUGAAUUGUAUGGAAGAUUUGUACUGAAGUCUUCUUUGCAAAAAAACAACAACAACAACAACCCUCUGAAAAUAAAGUUCCCGGGGCCAGCCAGGUGUACUGAUUUGCCCAAUCUAGUUUUUCUCUUAGUAAUAAACUCCAGACUUUUUCUUUUUUGUUAGUAGAAAAAUAUUAAAGAGUUAACAAUACUUCUUAACAACCUCCUUCCAAUUUUAUUACUUGUUUUUGUACAGAUCAAUCCAUUAUGGAUGUUUUGAAGCAUAAAUGUUUUCUAGAAGAAUUAUUAUUUUGGACAAUAAAAUAUGAAUUUCCCCAGAAGAUGGUAACUUUCUUACUCAACAUGCUUCCAGAUCAGGAUUAUAAGGUAUUUGUGUGUUUCCUCUUUCCUUUCCUGUCAGAACACUUCCCCGCUUCAGUUUGCAUACAGUUCCCCAUUGCAGUUUGCAUUGGGCACGGGGUAGGUAUUGCAGAACAUCUUCGAAUGCCGCAUUUAUUUAUUUUUACAGUAGCAUAAGGUUGCUGGUUGAAAAUAGCGCAAAAGAACAUAAAUAGCUCAGACUAAGUUAGAAGGAACAAAUUUAAAAACCUGUAAAAAUUCCUGUUUCUUUUAUGAGCCAUAAUUGGAAGGAGUGCUGUCUCUGUAGCUGGUGCUUCCUCACAGUUGGCAUGCAAUAGCUUGCAGUUACUGUUCUUUGAGUUGCAGAGCUAGGAUGUGGAAACUAGCUGCCCCUUUAGUUUUCUGAAACACAGUGCAAAAUUUCAACUGUUAAUGGAGCCCACAAGAAAAGGUUAAGAUUUGUACACAUUUGAUGGUUUCUUAGCGCUUGAGUGCUUUGGAUAGCUCCAACUUAUUCUUAAGGGCUUACCAUAUAUGAUAACAGGUGCCAGUUCAGACUGCUUAAUAAGCUGCAUUACGAACAAGGCUCAUUCCCCUUUCACAUAGCAGAUUCUCUUUCUUUGCCGGAUUGACUUAUAAACCUGCAAGUCUUCUGUUAACUCUAGGUUUUCCAUUUCAUCUGAAUCAGCAAACUAUGGCUAACUGGAUAUGAAGCCACAAUUCAAUUCACAAUUCCUAGCUUGUUCCAGAUACAUUAACCAUUGUUUCCUGGUUGGGUUGUAACAGGAAACUAUACUUAGCUGAAGACUUCCUGGCUUGUUUCCUUGUGCAAAGUAAUAAUAAUAAUUUUAUUAUUUAUAUCCCAGCCAUCUGGCUGGGUUUCCCCAGCCACUCUGGGAAGCUUAAAACACAUUAAAAAUUGUAAAACAUUAGACAUAAAAACUUCCCAAUACAGGGUUGCCUUCAGAUGUUUUUCUAAAAGUCAGAUAGUUGUUUAUUUCCUUGACGUCUGAUGGGAGAACGUUCCACCAGGUGGGUGCCACUACCGAGAAGGCCGUCUGCCUUGUUCCCUGUAGCUUCACUUCUCGCAAUGAGGGAACCGCCAGAAGGCCCUUGGAGCUGGACCUCAGUGUCCAGGCUGAACAAUGGGGGUGGAGACACUCCUUCAGGUGUACUGGGCUGAGGCUGUUUAGGGUUUUAAAGGUCAGCACCAACACUUUGGAUUGUGCUCGGAAACGUACUGGGAGCCAAUGUAGGUCUUUCAGGACCGGUGUUAUAUGGUCUCGGCAGCCACUCCCAGUCACCAGUCUAGCUGCCGCAUUCUGGAUUAGUUGUAGUUUCCGGGUCAUCUUCAGAGGUGUCCUCACGUAGAGUGCAUUGCAGUAGUCCAAGCAGGAGAUAACUAGAGCAUGCACCACUCUGGCGAGACAGUCCGCGGGCAGGUAGGGUCUCAGCCUGCGUACCAGAUGGAGCUGGUAGAUAGCUGCCCUGGACACAGAAUUGAAGUGAAAUGACUGUGUUCAGGGGCAGAAGGUUUGUUCAUAUUCCACCUGGUUACAUUGAGAUGUAAUUGUACCAACAUGCCCAUUGUGUCCUCUAGAUGAUACUUACCUGGACAUUUGGUCCUCAUUAACAGAUUUUAAAAAAGCAUUCAUGUUAGCAGAAGUAUAGUCUGAUACAAUGCAGAGUGAGGCACACAUAAAGUACAUUGAAAUAAUUGGAUUGGGCCACAUGUACUUGGAAAGUAAUUGCAUGGCAUGGCAUCCUAGUCUUGGUUUUGUGCAACAACUGGUUUAAUAUACUUUCAGUAACACUUCUUAUUGAGACUUGUUCGGGGGUUGGGAAUGCAAAUGGUAACGCUAACCUUUAUUUUAUACCCUGCAGAUUGCUUUUACUAAAACUUUUGUGCAGCACUACGCUUUUAUUAUGAAAACCCUGAAGAAAAGCCAUGAAUCGGAUACCAUGUCUAACAGAAUAGUACAUAUUAGUGUCCAAUUGUUCAGCAAUGAGGAGCUGGCACGCCAAGUGACAGAGGAAUGCCAGCUGCUUGAUAUUAUGGUUACUGUCCUACUGUACAUGAUGGAGAGUUGCCUUAUUAAAAGUGAGCUGCAAGGUGAGUCGAAUUCAGAAUUUGCUUUAAGAGCACUAGAGAGGCACACACAGAAUAUUCUCAGCCUGUAUUUAGGCUUCUUUCUGUAAGGGGGAUGCAAUGCUAGCAGUUGACAGGGCUAGAGUCCAAGGUGGGCCACCCUUUCGUCUCUCUUACCCUGUUCCCUUCUUUCCUGCUUGUUUCCCCAUCCUCUGCACUCCCAUGAAAGUGCCAAGUGCCACAGUUUACCCACCUGUGGGCUAUAGUGGAGGAGGGUCUGUUUUAAGCUUUCCAGCUGAAAGAGUGAAAAAUGGCUAAAAUAGAAGGAAAACAGCCCUAUCAUCUUUCCCCUUCCAUUUCUCUACCAGAACAUGCAGACAGAGAGACUGCUUUGUGUAAAAGAGAGAAAAUGUUGGAGAUGAUCAUUACUGCUGUAGUCUUAGACAUAAAGACCAGAUUCAGAGUUCACUGCAUCCGGGAAGUCCGCAUGGAACUUAACUAGCAUGCAGACACCUUGUGAGGUUUGGGAGAAACAAGGAAAGUGGUUGUAAAGUGAAUGAGGAAGUACUGAUACAGGUAGAAGCUCUGUUUUGCACGCUCCAUCAGUGUGUAUGUUUAACAUUGGCAGUCUUAACAUUUGUGUCUUCAAAACUACUUUACUUGCCUUUUAGAUGAGGAAAACAGUUUGCAUGUAGUAGUGAACUGUGGGGAAGCUCUACUCAAGAACAACACCUACUGGCCACUUGUCAGCGACUUUAUAAAUAUCCUUUCACACCAGAGCGUGGCUAAGAAAUUUUUGGAAGACCACAGGCUAUUAGUAACAUGGAUGAAUUUUGUAUCAUUUUUCCAAGGUAUGCGUCACUUUUGCUAAUUAUGUGCCCUAGUAUUGACUGUCCAACUAUAUAUACCUAGAUAGGGUUUAGGGGAUGCAGGUGGCAAUGUGGUCUAAACCACUGAGCCUCUUGGGCUUGCCGAUCAGAAGGUUGGUGGUCCGAAUCCCCGUGAUGGUGUGAGUUCCCGUUGCUCUGUCCCAGCUCCUGUCUACCUAGCAGUUCGAAAGCACGCCAGUGCAAGUAGAUAAACAGGUACCGCUGUGGCGGGAAAGUAAACGGUGUUUCCGUAUGCUCUGGCACUUGUUACAGUGUCCCAUUGCACCAGAAGCGGUUUAGUCAUGCUGACCACAUGGCCCAGAAAGCUGUCUGUGGACAAAUGCCGGCUCCCUCGGCCUGAAAAGCGAGAUGAGUGCCACAACCCCAGCCUUUGACUGGACUUAACCAUCCAGGGGUCCUUUACUUUUUACCUUAGAUAGGGGUUUGAUGACUAACUUUCAUUUUCUGGGUGUUUGAAUUGUAUACAGUGCGAAAAAGAUGGUGUACUGGUUAGCUGUAACUUUGUGCAACUUUGUCUUGAUCUUUUAAGGAAUGAAUUUAAACAAGAGAGAACUUAAUGAGCAUGUUGAGUUUGAAUCUCAGACCUACUAUGCUGCUUUUGCCGCUGAGCUUGAGGCCUGUGCCCAGCCAAUGUGGGGGCUACUAUCACACUGCAAAAUCAGGGUAAGCUGAACACUACCUCCCCCUUUGGUUCUCUAGUGAUUAAAUAUUUUAAAUGUGAAAUAUGCAGUUUUAGAAAGUUGUACACUCUCCUUGUGUUAAGUUGGUACACACACCCCCGUGCCUGUUGUGUACCUUGCAGUUAAUAUGAUAGCAUUGUGCUCUUAGCUUAACACCCUUAACUUUUUAUUUAAUCAACUAUAUUCGUCAAGGUGAGCAGUAAAACUCCUUUUGAGGGUAUGCUCCUUAAUCUGUUGUCCUGUUACUGAAAAUGUGUUCAGGUGCUUUAUUAGUUAUGUUGUGCAAAUAAUAAAUAGAAUGCUUUCAUGUUUUUGAUGGAAGUCCUUCAAAAAUGUGCCUUUUUAUCAAACAGAGAAAUGCAGGUCCAGUGACUCCAGUUUGAAAGUACAUUUAUUCUCUCAGCCCCCACUGCCAAGAGCACAGAAUGAGUUAACAUUCCUGAAGAAUUGUUGUCAGAGACCAUGGUUUCGUUUUGGUUUCUGUUUCUUUUACUUUGAUCGCACAGUAUUGUAUAAUUGUUAUCAGUAGGUUGAAACAUCCCCCUCCCCCAGAUAUCAGAUUGCCGAUCAUAUCCAUAAGUAAAUAUUGGUUCUCGACCCUGAGGGUGUACAUGAGGUGAGACUAGAAACAGGACUCAGGUUCCAAAUCAUACAUUGGGAGAGGAGAGGAAAGGGAAGGGAAGGGAUGCUUGCGCCCUCUAGCAAAUUUUGCUGUGUCGUUUAACUUCAGAGAGUUCAUUUUUCCAUUUGUGCAACCUUUGUAUCCCGCUUCAGGAGACGCAGGAAUACACACGAAACGUUGUUAGAUACUGCCUAGAAGCACUCCAGGAUUGGUUUGAUGCUAUCAACUUUGUGGAUGAGGUUUGUGUGUCUAAUGUAUUUGACUUUGCAUUACGGAGUAGGGUCUUCUUCUAAAAUUUGGAAGCAUCUUCCCUUCAAACCUAUAUUGCACGCACCUCCAUUCCACCCUCUCUUAUUGCAAGAGAUUUCCCUGAGCCAAGCUACCCGGUGGAGGGUUGCUUUUGUGUCUGUAGCAAUAAAAGAGCGCAGCGUCACAAUUUCUGGAGUAAAAGCAGAAGUGUAUGUGCGCAUGUCGAAGUUUUGGGUUUUACCAGACGAGAGGAAAUAAUGAGUGAUUUAAUAGUGUGCAAAAUGGAAUUGUUUAUUCCUUUGAAUUGUAAGCGACCUUUGUUUCCAUUGCAGCCUACUCCUAAUCAGGUCACUUUUCAUCUGCCUCUGCAUCGUUACUAUGCCAUGUUUCUAAGUAAGGUAAGUGAAUGGUUUUUUGCAGAAUAGGUUUUUUGGGGGGGGGGGGGAGAGGCAUUAUUUAGGUAGACACGUCCAGAUCAAAUAUGUACAUAUUUUGUUUGUAGGCUGUUAAAUGCCAAGAGCUAGAUCUCGAUUCCCUCCUUCCAGACCAGGAGAUGUUGAUGAAGCUCAUGGUUCACCCACUUCAGAUUCAGGUAAGUUGGCCAAGUAUUUUUCUCUCUCUGCAUGUAUCACCUCUGUGAUGUGUCAAGCGGUAAUCGCAAAUAGCGAGCAGAUACAGAGGGUAACAUCCGAUUACGUACAUCCACAGUCAAUACAGAAAUUUGCUUGCACAAUGGGAAUUUUUGGUUUCUCCUCUCCCCCCUCCAGCUUCUUGUGUGGCCUAAGAAGAUGCUUUGGUGGCUCUCCGAAUCCUCCAAAGCAAAUUGGGGGCGGGGGGGGGGGCUGCAAGGGAGAGAAAAGGAAGGAGAUGCCCCAUUGUAUCUACAUUGGAUUUCACUCAUGGUUCAUUGCCUCAGACAGUUUUUCACCACUGGAGGCCAUUGAUUUGUGGCUGAAUGUAACUGAGUGCUAAGGGCAUGGAUAUCUGAAUAACUGCAAGUUCAUUCCCACAUUGUAUGUACAGCACUCUUUGUUUUCCACAUAUGGAUCACAAUAACGAGUGAGAAAUUUGUGGGUGAUUCUAUUGAAUUAGCAAGAGGUAAAGUGAAGGCCAAAAGCGGGAGUGUAUCUGAGAACAACACAGAAAAAAGUUAGACGGUAUAAAUAAGCAGGGAAAAUAUUCAGAUCCUGUGGAACAACUGCUCAGUGGUUGCAGUUAAAAAUGUGAUUACAUCCUUGGUUGUGGCUGACAUUUUGUCUGGAUGGCAUCCUAUGUAUUAGUGAAAGUCACAGGGGAGAAAGAUUGCUAUGUUUGCUAUGUUGGUUUUGCAGUGCCUCCAAAGUCUAGUGUGCCACCACGGAUUGAAAUAUUCUGCAAAAAGCUGUGUGAUCAGCUACAAAAAUAUAUUCUCAGCUUUUCAAGUUCUUAACACUGCAAAAUAGUAUGCCUAAGCAACAGGUAGCAUGUUGAGCUGAAACAGCUUUCUUUUUGCUCUUUCCGAUAGGCAAGCCUCUCUGAAAUCCAUAGUAAUAUGUGGGUAAGGAACGGCCUGCAGAUUAAAGGACAAGCCAUGACUUAUGUGCAGUCCCACUUCUGUAAUUCCAUGAUUGAUCCUGACAUUUAUCUGUUACAGGUAGGUCAGUACUUUUUGUAACCUCAUCUGCUCUAUGUUAUUAGAUAGCUAAACAGUAAUAACUAACAUAUAUAUUUUCUCCUCCCCCCCCCCCCCCGAAAACAGGUUUGCGCUUCAAGACUUGACCCAGAUUAUUUCAUUUCCUCAGUUUUUGAAAGGUAAGAUACUGUUGAAAAGAACACACCGUCUAAGCAAUGUCUGCCUUGUGGUUUAAAUACACCAUGUGGUGGCAGUGCAAAUUUGCAAAAAAAAAAUCUGGGUAAUGGUAUAUGACAAAUUUAAAAAGUGCACUUUCCCCCAAAAAACCAGAAGCAUUCCAGUUAGCAAUAGUAGGUCAGGAAACAAAGUUCAAAACUUACUUCUAUACGGAACAGCAGCUGCAAGAAUAGUGUACGCAAAAAUGCGGAAAGAGAAGGCUUUUCCAACAAAGGACCAAUGGCUGCUUAAACUAAUAGAAUACAUCGAACUAGUAUGUACGGCAGCCAAAAGAAGAAAUAAUGAUGGGAAGAUAGUAACAAGUGAGUGGGAACAAUUGGAAGAGUGUUUAAAAGGAAGUGGUAUUAAGAUAAAUCUACAAGCAGGGAUAAAUCUGUAGUCGUCAGCAGCAGACACAAUAAAGCAGCGGUCACCAACGUCCGGCCCGGGGGCCGGAUAAGGCCCGAGACCCUCGUUUAUCCAGGCCCCCGCCACCCAUUCUUACCAGUGCGGUCCGCCGUGGGGACCCACUUCCAGGUCGGAGGAGCACUGGAAACAGCUUGUGCACAUGCAGAGGAAUAGCCGCCUGAAGCCCCCGGAGUUCCCGCUGCGCUCCGAAGGCUUGCGGAUAGCCGCCUGAUUCCUGGAGAGUGAGAGAGGUUGGUUCACAUCAAUCCCUCUUGCUCUCCAGGCUUCGCUUCGCUGGAGAGGCGCUGCACAGUUUUCCCUCUCUGCGCAGCGCCCCUUCAGCGAAGCGGGAGGAGAAAUGGAAGGGGCUCCAUUUCUCCUCCCGAUUCACUGAAGGGGCGCUGCGCAGAGAGGGGGAGAAUUUUUUUUCCUGUUCUCCCCCUCCUAUGAUCCUGUGCGUCCUAUGGUCUGGUGCGUCCUAUAGAGCAAAAAAUACGGUAAUUGUUUUGAUUAUCUUGAUGUCUGGAGACAUGGAAUGGAGAGUGGAAUAUUUGUAAAACAGUUUGGGUUGCCAUUGAAGGGGAGUAGUUUUGGACACCAGCAGUGGAUCCCCUCUUUGGAGAAAGUGGCAACUUUGAGCGGAUGGCUUUUAUCCAUGGAGUGCGUCAGUGGGUUAACCCCACCCUCUGUGUGCCAUGGUUCUAGUUCAAACUGGGUUACCAAACAAACAAACAAAGCAUGUAAUACUAAUUGGAAAUACAUUUUUAAUGUUUAAAAGUAAACAUGCACAUUUCUGUUUGCCUGGAUAUCGGUUGCCCUUGGGUGAUGAGCUAAUUGCAAAAUGGUGCCUUCACUCCAGCUUCUCUCAGGGCACUGCUGAGUUUCCUGGCUAAAAUGCAGCAGCACUUGUGCUCUGAUGUUUAUCCUGAAGAUGCGAGGGCCAGACGACAGCCCAUCUGCCUUAAUGUGCCCAUAUUCGCACGUGUGCAUCCUCUCUUUUCUGGCCUUGGUAUUGUAGCGCUGUUGUGUUUCUGAAGAAGGGGCUGAUGAAAUACAUUCCGGCGCUAUGGAGACAGUGUGCUCCCUCCUCCCCAUCCUUUGUUUAUGGCUUAGGGAAUAGAGACGGGCAGCAGGCAUUUCACAGUACAGUGGUACCUCUGGUUACGUACUUAAUUCGUUCCGGAGGUCCGUUCUUAACCUGAAACUGUUCUUAAUCUGAAGCACCACUUUAGCUAAUGGGGCCUCCUGCACCACCACCACGUGAUUUCUGUUCUCAUCCUGAAGCAAAGUUCUUUACCUGAGGUAGUAUUUAUGGGUUAGCAGAGUCUGUAAUCUGAAGCGAGAUACCACUGUACCUUGGUUUGCAUACGUCUUGGAUUACAAACACAUCAAACCCGGAAGUGCGUGUCCCAGUUUGCAACCUGUUUUUUGGAUUACACCCCACACUUUUUUCUUUUUCUUUUUUUGGAUUAUGAACAAAAAAUUUUGGGAGGCCCCAUUGGCGAAAGUGCGCCUUGGGUUACAACCUGUUACGGACCUCCGGAACGGAUUAUGGUUGUAAACCAUAGAGAUGCUUCAGGUUACAGGAUCCUCUAACCCAGAAAUAGUACCUUGGGUUAAGAACUUUACCUCAGGAUGAGAACAAAAACCGUGUGCUGGCCGUGCGACGGCAGCGGGAGGCCCCAUUAGCUAAAGUGGUGCUUCAGGUUAAGAACAGACCUCUGGAACAAAUUAAGUUUUUAACCCGAGAUACCACUGUACUGCAUUUCAUUGGAAACUCGGUGUCAAAAGUAUCUAAGCACCCUCCGACCUGCUCCCUCUGUGUUAAGGUUUGGGAAAAGGCUGACAGACUGAAUUGGGAGCAGAUGCUGCAUGGCAGCUCUGGGGCAUGUAGGGAAGGAGAAAAGUAGAGCUAUCUGUAGGCAAACAACACAAAGUGUGCGAUAACCCAUUAAAAAAAAUAAAUCCAAAUUUCAAUGGAAGGUUGAAUCUUGUACUGUGUGCCAGAUGUUGCAGGGUGUAAUGGCACAGAGAGAAAUUUGUUACUUCUUUUUUUAAAAAAAUAGACAGUCGUUUAUCCUCACAGAUCUCAUGGUGGUAUACACUAGGCAAGAGUAAAAUAUAUCGUGCCAAAACCACAAUAGAGUAAUAGUCAUCCUCAUAAAAACAGUUAGAGGCAACCAAAAACAAGCAGGCUAAAUGAUAGCGAACAUCAAAAUAUCUGGGCAAGUAAGCAAGUUGCACUUCAAUAUUCGCUGCUGUUGUGCUGUGUGAAGUUAAGGGGUCUCCAUUUGAUCAUGUCUGGAUGGGCAAAUGCCUGGGAGCCUUGUGAGCUUCCUGGAGGAGCAACAGGAAAUGUUCUCAAAUUAUUAACCGUACUAGAUUUUCUAAAAUUCAUAUUUUCCUCACCUGUAGGUUCAAGGUGGUUGACCUCUUAACAAUGGCUUCCCAACAUCAGAAUACAGUGCUAGAUUCAGAGCAUGAGAGAUCGAUGUUAGAAGGCGCCUUAACAUUUCUUGUCAUUCUUUUAAGUCUCCGUUUACACUUGGGUAAGAUUAAUUGGCUUUCUGCUUUACUCCUAGUAAUAUCUAUGUCGGGGUAGGAAUGGUCACAGGCACCAGUGUUUAGGUAGGAAUGGUGAUGGAAACCUCAGCCAAAAGCACUUGCUAAUUCUUAAUGUUAUUGAAUUGUUUCUCGGAACCUUCGCCUUUGUUAGUCCCUCUUGGUGGAAGCCAAAAGUUGUGGUUGCCCACUAAGUUGUGUUUAUUUAGUCAGUCUCCAUUCUUGUAACUUGAAUCCAUUGGUUUGGGUCCUAGCUUGCUCGAUCCUCCUUGUGACAGACCUUUAGAUAUUUGAAGCUGGCUAUCCUAUCUCUUUUCAGUCUCCUCUUUACUAGGCUAUACAUGCCCAGUUCCCUCAACCAUCCCUAAUAAGGCUCUAAAUCAGGCAUAGGCAAACUCGGCCCUCCAGAUGUUUUGGGACCACAACUCCCAUCAUCCCUAGCUAACAUGACCAGUGGCCAGGGAUGAUAGGAGUUGUAGUCCCAAAACAUCUGGAGGGCCGAGUUUGCCUAUGCCUGCUCUAAAUCCUUGUUUCUUAUUGAUACUCUGUGGAUUAACAGCCCAAAUUUUUUUUUAAAUCAGUCAUAGUACUUUUUUAAAACUCUUUUACUGUAAAACUGAAUGCACUUCUAGGUAGUAAUAACUCCACCUCCGCUUCCUAUCUUAUGGUAUGUAUUAUAUGGUUAUGUUAAUUUACCUUUCAAUUUCUCCUAGGAAUGACUGAUGAUGAGAUUCUUCGGGCAGAGAUGGUAGCUCAGCUCUGCAUGAAUGACAGGACUCAUAGUUCUCUACUGGACCUCAUAUCCUUGGAAUGUUGUUAA